UUGAAUCCUGCACCUUGUGGGACAGCGGGGUUGGAACCUUCCCGGACUCAGUCAGGUCCCUGCGUGUGGAGGGGGCGGCCGAGAGGCGCCAGACUUGCCAGCUGCCGCGGGAUGCCACGUGAGGGGCGGGGACCCUGCAGGGAAGUGAUUAAAAGCAGAGCUGAACCGCAGGGGGCCGCUGCGGGAGGGUCUUCUUAGGGCCGCCUUGCCCCGCCCCAGUCCGGCCGUGGUGUGGGGUUCGAGCCACUGCUCCUCAGACCUAAGUGUUCGGGGCAUGAGCGGGGUUUGGGGGGCCGGAGGGCCUCGGUGCCAGGCGGCGCUCGCGGUCCUGGCCUCUCUGUGCCGGGCCCGGCCGCCCCCUCUCGGGCUGGACGUGGAGACUUGUCGGAGCUUCGAGCUGCAGCCCCCGGAGCAGAGUCCGAGCGCGGCCGACUCAGGCACCUCUGUCAGCCUCCUCGCCGUGGUAGUUAUUGUGUGUGGCGUGGCCCUGGUGGCAGUUUUUCUCUUUCUCUUUUGGAAGCUGUGCUGGAUGCCCAGGAGGAACAAGGAGGCCUCCAGCCCUUCUUCUGCUAACCCUGCUUCAGAGACCCUCCAAAGUCCCAGCUCCAGAGGCAACAUGGCAGACAAGCUGAAGGACCCCAGUGCCCUGGGUUUCCUGGAGGCAGCUGUGAAGAUCAGCCACACUUCCCCAGAUAUCCCAGCCGAGGUGCAGAUGUCGGUCAAAGAGCACAUCAUGCGUCACACAAGGCUUCAGCGACAGACCACAGAACCAGCGUCAUCCACCAGGCACACAUCCUUCAAGCGCCACCUGCCACGGCAGAUGCAUGUCUCCAGCGUAGACUAUGGCAAUGAGCUGCCACCAGCAGCAGAACAGCCCACCAGCAUUGGCCGCAUCAAGCCUGAGCUCUAUAAGCAGAAGUCAGUGGAUGGGGAUGAUGCCAAGUCUGAGGCCGCCAAAAGCUGUGGGAAGAUCAACUUCAGCCUACGCUAUGACUACGAGAGUGAGACCCUGAUUGUGCGCAUCCUGAAGGCCUUUGACCUCCCUGCCAAGGACUUUUGUGGAAGUUCUGACCCUUAUGUCAAGAUCUACCUCCUGCCUGACCGCAAGUGCAAGCUGCAGACCCGGGUGCACCGCAAGACCCUGAACCCCACCUUUGAUGAGAACUUCCACUUCCCUGUGCCCUAUGAGGAGCUGGCUGACCGCAAGCUGCAUCUCAGUGUCUUUGACUUUGACCGCUUCUCCCGCCAUGACAUGAUUGGGGAGGUCAUCCUGGACAAUCUCUUUGAGGCCUCUGACCUGUCCCGGGAGACCUCUGUUUGGAAGGACAUCCAGUAUGCCACCAGUGAAAGUGUGGACUUGGGGGAGAUCAUGUUCUCCCUCUGCUACCUGCCCACAGCAGGCAGGCUCACCCUCACAGUGAUCAAGUGUCGCAAUCUCAAGGCAAUGGACAUCACAGGCUACUCAGAUCCCUAUGUCAAAGUGUCCCUGCUGUGUGACGGGCGGAGACUGAAGAAGAAGAAAACAACUAUUAAGAAGAACACCCUCAACCCUGUCUACAAUGAGGCCAUCAUCUUUGACAUCCCCCCAGAAAACAUGGAUCAAGUGAGCCUGCUCAUCUCUGUUAUGGACUAUGAUAGAGUUGGCCACAAUGAGAUCAUAGGCGUCUGUAGAGUGGGGAUCAAUGCUGAAGGCCUUGGCAGGGACCACUGGAAUGAGAUGCUGGCAUACCCACGGAAACCCAUUGCACACUGGCACUCCUUGGUGGAGGUAAAGAAAUCCUUCAAAGAGUGGCAGGGCCGAGCUGCCAGUUUCGACAGUGAGAGCUCAUGCCCAUCUCCAAAACCACCUCCGACACCAUAAGUCGCACAGCCGAGCCACACAAACGGGACUCAGCAAUGUUCUUUUUGCACUUGUCUGUCGUCUAAACGCAGUGUUUGUACAGUCACGGUGACGGCUGCUCCAGCAGCCACUGCCUGCCAGCCCAUGGUCUUCACUGCUCCUGUGCAGGGCAAGGCCAAGACACUUGUCCUCUGUGAUCAGACCUGUGUUAGUCUUUUCUGUCUCCCAAGGUGAUUGAUGUUUUUGUGGGUUUUUUUGCUCUGUUUGGGUCUGCUGUCGAGGAAACAA